AUGCCGUGGGCGGUUUGCUGGGAUGAACUGCAGGGCCGUGUUCCUCCGCUAGAGCAGCGGCAGGAGCCAUCUCGUAGUAGCUGUCUGAAGCCGUUGGCUGCGUUACGGCGGGGCUUGUUAGCCCAGUGGCCCCUGGUAGCACGCCGACCUGCUGCCAACGAGGACCUUGGGAGCUAUCAGCUUGGGAGUCAACAAGCACACCAAUGGCUGAGAAGGCUGCUGCCAAGACCCAUCGCAUCGACUCUUCUUCAGAGGCAGGAAGAGAAACUGUUCUGUGAAAAGCUUGGUGGCGAGUCGACCCGCCCGACCCGACGCCACCGGAUGCGGCUGCUGGCCGUGAUCGUGGGCGCCUUGCUGGUUGGAGUGCUGUCCAUCGUGCUUCUGGACCUCUCGGAAGGCAAGCUGCCCAAGGGAGCCCAAAGCAACCUUGGCAUCUAUGGGCUGGUCGCCGGCAUUUGCUCGGCGAUCGUGGGCUUGCAGUACUUGGCUGCAACGCUUCCAAAGACCCAACGCCUUGAGAAGCUGAACUUGCAGCGGAAAGUGCAACACAUCUUCACAGGUUUGGCGCUGACGGCGAUCUUUCUGCUUCUGCCCUGGAAGACCUGCGUCUUGGCGCUGGGCGCUGGCACCAUCUCCCUAGGAAGCCUGCAACUGGCUCGUUUCCUCUCCGACGCGGUGAAUGUGGAGUUCCUCCGGUUCUUUGGGUCAAUGCUCAAAGAAGAAGAGAGGACCAGCCGGAAGGCUCCAGCCGCUCUACACUUUUUGAUCGGGCUUUUCCUGUGUCUCAUCACCUUUCCUCGACGACUAGCACUGCUUUGUGCUCUGGUGGCCACCCUGGCUGAUCCCUUCGCGGCCAUCGGCGGCAUCCUGCUGGGCGGGCCUCGGCUCAUGCCGGGCGCCACGCUCGCGGGGUCGGCGACCUGCUGGCUCGUAGCUACCCUCUUGGCUCUCGCUGUAAUCCUCACCUCCGGAACCGAUGCCGUGGCCGUGGCCGAUCUCGCCGCGGUGGCACUGGUGAGUGGCGGCAGUGCUGCCGCCUGCGAAAUGGCUGGAGGUGUUCUUCCUUAUUUGGAUGACAACAUGCUCACCAGUUUCGGCACUGGACUUCUGCUGCUCUCCGUGGAUACCAUGCUCCGUGCCGGUGGCUGGCACAGCAACGCUCUUGAGCUGCUUUUGAGCUGA